GCUCGGGCGGGCUGGGCCCCACUCCCUCCCAUCACGUCCUCGCAUGGAGGACGCCGACUCGGCGGCCAAGCGGCUGGGCUUAGCGGAGGCGGUGGCGGCCGCGGUGGCAGCGGCGGCGGCAGAACCCGAGCGGCAGCAACCGCAAAGCUCGGAGGGGAAGGCGGAACGGCGGGAGGAGGUGACGGCCGUGACCGUGAUGGCGGCGGACGCCGAGCACAUCGAGAUGGGCACCGAGCCGCUGCCCAGCGCCGACGAGGCCGCCGCGUUCGCAGAAGUCACCACAGUAACAGUGGCCAACGUUGGUGCCUCUGCAGACAACGUGUUCACCACAUCCGUGGCAAAUGCAGCAUCCAUUUCGGGACACGUGCUGUCUGGGAGAACGGCCCUCCAAAUUGGGGACAGCUUGAAUACUGAGAAAGCCACUCUCAUAGUUGUUCACACAGAUGGCAGCAUUGUGGAAACCACGGGGCUGAAGGGGCCGUCAGCACCCCUCACACCAGGACCGCAAUCUCCUCCUACCCCUUUAGCAACUGUCCAAGAAAAAACUGGAACCAAGUAUAACUGGGACCCAUCUGUGUAUGACAACGAGCUCCCAGUGAGGUGCCGGAAUAUCAGUGGGAUUCUGUACAAAAACAGACUCGGCUCAGGAGGCCGUGGUAGGUGCAUUAAGCAAGGGGACAAUUGGUACAGCCCCACUGAAUUUGAAGCUAUGGCAGGACGAGCCAGCAGCAAAGACUGGAAGAGGAGCAUUCGCUAUGCUGGGAGGCCCUUGCAGUGCCUUAUUCAUGAUGGGAUUUUAAAUCCUCACGCUGCCUCUUGUACUUGUGCUGCCUGCUGUGAUGACAUGACUCUGAGUGGACCUAUUCGACUCUUUGUACCAUAUAAACGACGAAAAAAAGAAAAUGAAAUGUCUGCAAAUCCAGUCAAGAAGGAAUCCUCCAAAAAUAUCACUUUGCUUCCUGCCACAGCUGCUACUACAUUCACCGUGACUCCUUCUGGACAGAUCACUACCUCUGGUGCUCUCACCUUUGACCGCACGUCGACGGUGGAAGCCACAGCAAUUAUCUCAGAAAGUCCAGCCCAGGGGGAUGUUUUCACAGGAGCCACUGUUCAGGAUACCAACGUCCAGCAGCCGUGCCGGGUCACCCACCCAGAGCCUCACUACCCGACUUACCAGGACAACUGUCAGAUUUCACCUUUCCCUGAAGCUGCGCUGCCAACGUCUCAUCCCAAAAUCGUGUUGACCCCAAUCCCUGCCCUGUCGGUGCCCCCCCAGACCCCCACCAAAGCCAUAUCCCCAGCUGUGGUGAACGGGCUGGAAGUGACGGAGCAGCGGAGCUGGCUCUACUUGGAAGAGAUGGUCAACUCGCUGCUCAACACGGCGCAGCAGCUCAAGUCUCUCAUCGAGCAGGCCAAGCAGGCCAGCUCCUCCUUCCGCGAGGCCGCUGUCACACAAGCCAAGAUUCAAGCUGAUGUGGAGAGAAAAGAGCAAUAUCAGAACCAGUUAUUUCAACAAACAGAAGAUGUGGAUGGGAAAACAGAAAUCAUCAUCAAGCAGUCGUGUGUCAACUGUGGCCGCGAGGCAAUGAAUGAGUGCACGGGAUGCCAUAAAGUCAACUACUGCUCCACUUUCUGUCAGCGAAAGGACUGGAAGGAGCACCAGCACAUCUGUGGUGAGGCCAACGCGGUGACAGUGCAGGCUGAUGAUGUGCAUGUGGCAGACAAUGUGAUGGAGAAGGUCUCUGUCUGAGCACACCUACCUCUGACCCCAUGGCAGUGUGGUGCAGCCGGCUGGAUCGGCGGCCUGACGCAGCGGUCUGUCCUUUACGAACAAACUCAUUUCUGAAAGACUUUUUCAUACUGUGACAGUGUUUGCCUACUUCCAGUCCUACUGCAAACCUCUGGAUAAUGCAGAGACUGAGAAAUCCAGGUGGAAGAGGCAAACUGCAGCCUUCCAUCCGGGAGCCUCCUCCAGCUUGAGGAAGCUUAGAUUUUGCCAGACUGAAAUCUCCACUGUGUGGAUAACAAGAACCUCAUCGUCUCUCUUGAGAUGGAUUAAGAAUAGUUGCUGCAAUUAGAUUUGCUGUUGUUCUGUUUUCCCCAUGCCUCCCUACCUCUUAUUUGAAAAAAGGAAUGAUCCCUCAUUUGGUUUAUUUAAUUGCCUUGAAAAAGUACAAACUCUUAAUUUGCCUUUGGAAGGACUUUGUUUUGUUUUGUUUAUCUGUGUUCCCUCUGUGCUGGAGAAAUUUGGAACACACUGGAGCUUCUGCACUUGAAUAUGACUGAAAAAUCACAUCUUGUUCAAUAAAAUUUGAUAAAAGCA